AGAGAGAACACCCCCCCAUCCAGAGACCCCUCAUGCUGACAGACACUCCGUCCCAAACACCUCCUCACCUGUGUGGACAUUAAAGGGUUCAAAUCCAGGAUGGAUUUCUUGGACCGCGGUUACCUUGAAGCGCGCUCUCCGUAUGAUUACACCUUUAAUUUUUGGAACGACUACCUCGGCCUGUCGACACUUGUGGCUAAAAAUAAGAUCCACAGCCCAUCCUGCAGCCCCAACUCCAUCACGGAGUCUCUCAAAGCGACGCUGGGCUUGGAGGAUGAGUCCUCGGAUUGUUCGUGCGUAAUUGGGCACGGUGACGGACACUUGGAGUGCUGCUGCGCGGCGCCGGGUUCUCCUCCGAUCUCCAUCUACGAUCUCAAGGAGCGCAUGUCGCUUCUCAGGCCGUACGAGCACCUGGCGAGUGAUUCGCCACUUGGAGACAGAGAUUCACCUUCCUACAGAGGGAGCUACACCGGGCUCGAUCUGCUGUCCAGACGCAAACAGACUCAGAGGGGCAAACCGGAGCCGAAAGUGUGCGUCUUCUGUCGGAAUAACGGCGCGCCAGAGGAGGUUUACGGCACCCACAUCCUGAAGACGGCGGACGGCAGAGUCCUGUGCCCCAUCCUGAGGGCGUACACCUGCCCCCUCUGCAGCGCCAACGGAGACAACGCGCACACCAUCAAGUACUGCCCGCUCUCCAGGGACCAGGCGAGCCAGAGAGUGGCCAAGGGAGGCAGAGGAGCGAUCGGGAAAAGGCUGAAAAUCUUCUGAAUCAAGUUGCACUGUAACCCCCCCCCCAGUUUCAUGCACAAGACAAGUCCGGAGAAAGAUUUUUUUGAAUUUAAAGUGUCACUGCUUCGUCGGUUCUCUUAUUUCUUGUAACUCUUUGGGCACAUAGUUUUACACAUGGACGCACUGUGCGCAAUAUUUACGCACCCCCCCCCCCCCCCUCCUCCUCCUCCUCCUCCAGCACUCUGAGAUCCAAAAAGAACCAAAGUACUGUACAGAUCGACCUGUGAAUGAACACCUUCAGAAGCUUCAGUGCAAACAGCUGAUGUCAACACAAGAUGCAGCCCUCCUGAUAUGAGAUGAAUGUUUGGCCCAUGUGGAUGUAUAACAACGUCUGACAGCAGACACUCCAUGCAAGAUGCAAAAGAUCUUUAUAUCGAGCACAUUUCUUUUUCCUGAGAUAAAUGUUUUCUACCAAAGGUUACACGUUUUGUAUCGAGAGGUAAAUUUCUGUACCGGUUUCUAUGUUGGAUGUCUCAUAAUCUGUGAUUGUGUGUGUGUGCGUUGUACUCUGCAGACUGAAUGUAAAAAACAAAAGGAAGGUAAAUCUGACAUGCAGUCUUCAAGCUUCAGAGAAUUUAUUUCAUGUGGAAAUAUUUUCCUACAAUUCUUGUAAAUGUAAAAAAAAGAAAAGAGGGCGGAUCAUUUUGUAGCGAUGAGAAGAAGCCUGACAUCCAAAGUCUUUAUCUGUCAAUAGAAAAUGUUUUAUGUGCUUAUUUUUUACCUUAUGUAUCAUUGGGAAAUAUAUUCACUGUAAAUGAUCUCUGAA